UUUUUUCUGCUUUUGCCUGAAAUCUAGUUGGUCCGUGUUACCUUGGACUCCCCCCAGCUUUUCCUAUUCAUGUGUGGAAUCUCAUUGUUGGUGUGGACAUCAUUCAAGCUGGUGCUCCAAAGCAACUGGAGGUUCCCACUUCAUUAGAGCUGUGUUUCGGACGGCUGGAGAGAGCGCAAGCACUACGUCUGACUCUGACAGCUGGUUGUGGUGAUAACCGAGAAGAUUUGGUGGAAAAUAAAUUUCAGGAGAGAAGAAGCCAGAAAACAUCUGCUUUAAGGAUGACACCUGCUACUCUGGCACUGACAUGGCUCUCAAUAUGGACAGUAACUUCUGCUGUGCAGAUUGAAGAAGGAGAACUCAACGAGACAGUAAUUUGCACCAAUGAUCAGAUGCAAGUUAUCAUUCCCAGUGUGUUUUUUCUAAACAAGGAGCCACCUGUUUACGUUUGGGAUUUGCACUUGAAUGAUCCUGACUGUCGAGGCGUUGAGGUUGGGAAUGACUAUGUCUUCAGCAUCAAGACAAACUUCACGGACUGCGGCACCGUUAUGGCAUCUGAUGAUACUCAUAUCAUGUUCACCAACACAAUCCGUAACAACGAAACUGAUAUCAUCACCAGAAGCUACAUCAAUAUCACAUUUGGGUGUCGAUACCCCAUAAACUACAUGGUCCAGCAGCAAAAUGGCGAGAAUCUGAUCAGAGUGGAUGUGAGGACAAUCACUCUAAACACGGAGGAUGGAAAUUUCUCGGUCUCCAUGCUGCUGUAUAAAGAUGAAGAGUUUCAGGAUAAAUGGACCACUGUUCCUUCUCUCACACUUGAGGACAACAUCUAUGUCAAAGUUUAUAUGAUUCCAGCGAAUCUGUUUCUGAGAGUGGAGAGAUGUUGGGCCACACCAACCAACGAACCUUACAGCAACAUUCAGUAUACCUUCAUCAGGGACAGCUGUCCAGUGUUGUGGAACGACCAGACACUAGCUGUGAUGAAGAACGGUCAAGGACCAGAAGCUCUGUUCAGGAUACAAAUGUUCAAGUUUGUUGGCAGCUCCUACACAGAUGUUUUCCUACACUGCAAUGUCCAGAUCUGUCAUAACACAGGAGGAGUGUGCCAGCCUAACUGCUCUGCUGAAGAUGCAUCAGUACGGACACGCAGGGAUGUUGCAUCAUCUCACACAAUCUCAUAUGGACCAAUCAGAAGGCUCAAAGCUAAUACAGAGAGUACUAGUUUGAGUUCAGAUAUGCCGCCUGUAGAAACCUUUGUGUUGGGUGGUCUGCUGUUCGUCCUGAUUGUCAUCACAGGAGUUUUUGGGAAACUCUGGCUGCAGAGCAGAAACUCGUAUCCAACCCAAGAGGCCCAGCUCACUCUUUCUAACAUUCACCAUAUCUCAGAGGUGGCCAGCUAACCUGGGAUCUCCUGUGUACACAGUGUUGUGUGAAACAUGCUUAGUUUGAAAGUUUUGUCUGCUAACCUAUAGUGGAUUUUACA